CGGGGUCCCGAACCCGCGCCCGCCCGGACGCCCGGCCAUGCCCCGCUCCUUCCUGGUGAAGAAGGCGAGCAGCACCCGGGUGCCCGACUACGGCCAGCUGCACUCCCGCGCCCACGAGGUCAUCGGUAGCAGCUCCGGCUGGCGUCCCUCCAGCGGCGGGCAGGCCUUGCCUGCCCCCCUCCAGACCGAGGAUGCCCCCCCCUCCGCGCCCUGCGAAGCUGCCCGGCUCUGGGACCGUGGCGCCAUCCUCGCCCGCCUCUCCCUGCCUCUCCCGCUGGAGGGUGAGGCCAAGGGGACCCCCGGCCCGAGCCCCCCCAGCCCGGAUGUCAGCCCGGCAGACGCGCCCACGGGCACCCCCCUCAGGGACAACCAGAACGACCUCAACCGGCUGAGCCUGCCUCGGAGACGGGUGCCGGAGCUGGGCAGCCCCGCCGAGGGCAGCAAGGCCACCCCGGACAAGCUGGUGGGGGCACCGGGUGAGAUCCCUCCGCGGCUGGGGUGCUGCGACUGCCGCGCCUCCUACCCCGCUGUCUGCAGGCACCGCGAGCUGCCCCCCCGGAAAUCCUUUGCUUGCAAGCACUGCGACAAGGAGUACGCCAGCCUGGGUGCCCUCAAGAUGCACAUCCGCACCCACACGCUGCCCUGCCUCUGCAAGAUCUGCGGGAAAGCCUUCUCCAGGCCCUGGCUGCUGCAGGGCCACAUCCGCACGCACACAGACCCACUCGGACGUCAAGAAGUACCAGUGCCGGGCCUGUGCCAAGACCUUCUCCCGCAUGUCCCUGCUGGCGCGGCACGAAGAGGCCGGCUGCUGCCCGGCGUCCUGAUGCGCCCACCCGGGGCUGCUCCCAGCAGCCGGGGACAGAGCAACCAGCUUCCUGUGCCCUGCCAGGCUAUCGAGGGAAAGGCCCAUGCGAUGGGCAUCUUCAGCCACAUGCACAGGGGAGGCCUGGCUGUCCUGCCCGGUACCCACAUCGCAGCCAGAUGUGGGGGUAUCUGUGGGUGCCCAAGGAUGGAGAGCAGGCAGCUGGCUUCGAACGCCUUCCAGCAAGCUGUGCGCCAGGACAGAUCGGUUCUCCUGGCAGGACUGCGAUCCCCGCUCUUGCCCUGUGCCUUGCAGCUGGCUCGACGGGCCUCGCGCCUGCCCGUCCAGCUCAGCGGGGCUGCCUGAGCCUGGUGCCGCUUGCAAGGACCGUGCGCCAGGGACUCUGCUCUCCUUGUCCGGGCUGGGCAGUACGAUGCUGCGUGGUGCUGGGGGAUCAGUGAGGCGCUGCCCCAUCACUGGAGAGCUCCUCUAGCCCCUGCCCAGGUGCCCUCCUGGCAUUUAAUAAAAGCAAUAAACUCUGGAGCAUGCUUGGGGCUAGCUCAUCCGGCUGUGGGGUGGGGGUGCCGUCUGGCUGCAGAAAGGGGCAUCAAGCCCCGGCCCCCCUCUCCAGCCUGCUCUGUGUGCGCACCGGGCGUGUGCGCCCUGCAUCCUAACCAGUCCUUGGUGCAAGAUGACCCAGGAGACGGUGCUCCCCGGCUAGCCAGGCCUCAGCUGCAGAGCGAGGUCUGAGCACAACGGAGCCGGAGAGCGUGCAGGGGAGACAGCACAAUGAUGGCUUUGACCCAGGUGACCUGGCAGGAGGAAUCCCCUGCUCCUCCGGCUUGAAUGACUCGGUGUAGUUGAGGGUGGAGACCUGUCCCUUGCACCGUGGGUGAGUCCGUAAAUGCCUCCCAAUGCAAGGAUCUUGGCUACAUCGUUUAUGACGAGGGGGGUUUGCUCAUGGGCAAAUCUCCGUUCACAUUUUUGGCUCAGGGCGUCUGAACCCCAAGGCCUCCAGACUUGCACAUAGGAUGCCUACCGUGGAUGCGGGAGUAUGUGAAGCCCCAGGCUGAAGAGUCUGGGAUGCAGGAGACUUGCCGGCAGUGGUCGUGCCACGCAGAUGGGAGCGAUUAAGCUCUGCUCAGUCGAGCGAAUUUGGAAUGGAUUUGGCUGAUUUAGCCCCAGACACAAAACUUCAGAAAACCCCCAAAUGCAUAGCAGCAGUAGUGGCCUUAGGGGAGGGCAAACUGGGUGACCACCCAGGGCCCCACGCUUUAGGGGGCUCCAAAAUUUU